AUGGGUAGUGUUAGAACUCCAAUGUACCAGUUAUGGUACAUUUUUCAGUUAUUUCUGUUGAUUCAAACUUGCAAAGUUUUUUGCUACCAAUUCAAGGUUGGAGAUCUAGAUGCUUGGGGUAUUCCCACUUCAGCAAAUCCACAAGUCUACACCAACUGGUCUAAAAAUCACAACUUCACGAUUGGAGACUCUCUCAUGUUUCUGUAUCCACCAAGUCAAGAUUCAUUGAUUCAAGUGACAGAGGGAUCAUACAACAGCUGCAACCUAAAAGAUCCAAUCUUGUACAUGAACAAUGGCAACUCUCUGUUUAACAUCACGUCUCCUGGUGAAUUCUACUUCACCAGUGGAGUACAAGGGCAUUGCGAAAAAUCACAGAAGCUCCACAUUUCUGUGCCUAGAAAUGGUAGUUAUGCAUUCUCAUCCUCUUAUGCUCCCACUGCAUCGCCAGCAGGUUCACCCUCAUAUCCUACAGUCUUCGGAUCGAUCCCGGCACAGUCUUCUUCUUCUUCCUCACCAUCACUAAAAUUCCCAGUUUUCAUGUCGGCAGCCAUUGGAUUUUUGAUAUGCGCAUUGAUCAGAGGCAGUAUAUAAAAAGGACACAGAUAUUUUGAAGGUAA